CCUUCCCAGGCCAGCCUCCCUGCAGAGAAAGCAUAUAAGAGCACCAGCAUUGAUGAUGAUCAGAUGUACAUUCACCACAACCACUAAUAAUCAAUUAAUUCUGACCAGGAUUAAGGAGAACUGACCGGCACCUGGACAACAGAUCUGGAAGUAUUGUAACCUGUGAGUUAACAAACAGAGAUGGAGCUCCUGAAAGCAGCCCUCAUGAUGAUCCUUCUGACAACAACAACGUUUGCUAGGCCGAUCUCUUCAGACUCUUCAGACUCUUCAGACUCUUCAGACUCUUCAGACUCUUCUUCAGACUCUGACGAACGUUCAGAUUCUUCAGCAUCUUCUAGUGAAAGUUCCUCAGAGGAAAUCUAUGUCACUGUGAAACCAGAGCCGGUAGGCACCACGGCUGCCAUGACAACCAUGACCUCAGGAGAUGGGAGCACAUUCAGCCCCGGACCAGACACAAUGAACACAGAUGGAACAACGAUGAUGGUGAUGGAGACGACACUUGAGCCGCAAACAAUGACCGCGACUGUUGAUGUCACUUCAUUGUGUGAGAUGAACCAGUGUUUCACUGAAACAAUUCCAACGCCGCCUCCUGUUACAGAAAGUAGAGGAGAUGCCUAAUCAGCUGUCAAUCAACAACUGAUUACAUCUUCUUGUAACAGUUGUAUUUUGAGGAUAAUUUUGCUUAUUGCUGAGUUUAUGCAGACAUGUUCUGAUGUAUUUUUUCUGACUGUAUCUUUUUUUAACAAUAUUAUUAGCACCCAUGCUCCUAUGCACUUGGUAACAUUUAAAAAAUACAAUAAGUGCAUCUGCUUGAUGGGAAUUGGGUUUAGUCCAACCGUAAACAGAUUAACACCAGUAAACACGUUUAUUCACUCAAAAAUGAAUGUUGGUUUGUUGUCUAUUUUUUUAUUUCAAUAAUAUAUACCUCUAUGAAUAAAUGUUCACAUGUUUUACUGAAAGCACCCAUUUUAUUUAAUUUGUUAUGUAGAUGUGUGGUGCUUUAGCUGUCAGACAGUUACAAUAUGUUUCAGAAGAUAUUAUUCACUCAUAAAUUGUAUUAUUCUUCAAAAAAUACGUUUUUUCUACAAAAAUCUGCUGAAAUACUGCUUAGAUGUUAUUACUUUAUUCCUUAAGACUUAAAAAAAAAUUAAAAUGCCUAUUUACGUUUUUGACCAUAUAAAACAAAAAAGAUUGUUGCAUUAAUUUAGCAUUUAAACUAGACUAAACAGAAGCAUCUUUUUUAUUUGUGAGGUAUCUGAGGCAUGCUUCCUGCGACUGUGUUUAUGGAAUGUGGUCGGGUGUGUCGCGCUUGUCACGCUGUUUGUACAUGCUGACAAAGAGUUGCUGCCGCAGAGGGCUUCUUUGAUUAUGGGUCAUAAAAUUCUCUUUUCCCUUAUUUGUUAGAGCAUAUAAGUCAAGAAGCAACACUUUAAUGUUGUUGGUUUGUUUCUUUUUUUAAAUGGUGUCUGAUUGUAUAUUGUUACUGAAGUAACACUCAUAAUUGUUUGCAUUGCAAUACAUUCAAAUAAAGAAAAAUAACCUAGAAGACAAUGUACUCAUUU